UCGUUCCCCGAAGCUGAUACUCCAGUACAAUUCUCUCGAUCUCCCUCACCUGCCACUCUGGAGUCUGGACAGAUCGCCCUCCCAAAGCUGAUUUUCUCUCUCUCUCUCUCUCUCUCUCUCUCUCUCUCUCUCCUAACUAGAUUCUCUCUCUACAAUAGGAGUAAACAACUCCCUCCCUCACUGACACCACCACGAUAACCCCCACAGUGUGGGCCCAAAUCCAAACAAAAUGGGCUGCACACAAUCCAAGAUCGAGAACGAGGAAGCCGUGAACCGAUGCAAGGACCGGAAGCGCCUCAUGAAGGACGCCGUCGGCGCCCGGAACGCUUUCGCCGCGGCCCACUCCGCCCACGCCAUGGCGCUAAAGAACACCGGUGCCGCCCUCAGCGACUACGCCCACGGCGAGGUCCAGCACCCCCACCUCCCCCUCUCCUCCUCCUCCUCCGCCACCGCCGCCCUCCCCUCCUCCGCCUCCACCUCCACCUACGAAACCCUACCCCCUCCCCCCCCCCCCCCCCCCAACUUCCCCCCCGCCGCCCCCCUCCAGCGCGCCGCCUCCAUGCCCGAGAUAUCCGGACACAAGCCCGAUCCCAAGCGCGCGGAUCCCAUAAUUGAGGACGAAGAGGAAGGAGAAAUCGAGAACGAGAGCCAUAGCUUGAAACAUAGGGUUUCUCGGAUUAGCGGAGGUGGAGGGAGUAGGGUUGGCGUUACCGAGGAUUUACCACCGCAGCCGCCUUCGCCUCCGAGGACUCCGCCGCUGAAUAGUCGGGUGGUUCCGCCGCCGCCUCCUCCGCCGGAGUCGAAGGGGAUGAGUAGUUGGGAUUUUUUCUUCCCGGAGAUGGAGAACGUCCCCGGGCCGAGUUUGGCGGCAGUUGAUGAAGUUGAUGAAGGUAGGUUUGAGAGGGAGGAGAUGGAGCGGCAGUUGAAUGAGGAUCGACGGGCUAAGAGGGAGGAGGUGGAGCGAAAGAUGAUUGAGGAACAACAGGCUAAGAGGGGCGAGAUGGAGCGAAGGAUGAAUGAGAGAGCUGAUGCUGUUUUUGACGGUGGCGAUGGUGGCAGAGGAGGGAGGAGGAAGAGCGGGAAAGCCGAGGCCGCUGAGGUGGCAGAGAAAGCAGAUGAGGCGGAACUACCACCUCAGCCGCCUCCUCCGACGAAAGCAGCGAAGAGAGUGAAGCAGGUGGUUCCAACAGAGAGCAAGAGAGGGGGGAAGGGUGUUGUUCCUAAUGUUAGUUUGGUAAAGAUAUUUGGUGACCUAGAUGAUUGUUUUCUAAGGGCAUCAGAGAGUGCUCAUGAGGUUUCGAAGAUGCUCGAAGCGCAUCGGUUGCAUUACCAUUCCAAUUUUGCCGAUAAUCGAGGACACAUUGAUCAUUCUGCAAGGGUUAUGCGAGUCAUCACUUGGAACAGGUCUUUUAGUGGCUUAACAAAUGCGGAAGAUGGGAAGGACGAAUUAGAUUCAGAAGAGCACGAAACACAUGCAACGGUUCUGGAUAAGAUGCUAGCAUGGGAGAAAAAGCUUUACGAUGAAGUGAAGACUGGGGAACAGAUGAAGUUUGAAUAUCAGAGAAAAGUCACUUCACUGAAUAAGCUAAAGAAUCGCAAUGCCAGUACUGAGACGAUAGAGAAAACAAAAGCAGCAUUAAGUCAUCUGCAUACAAGAUACAUUGUUGACAUGCAAUCCAUGGAUUCUACUGUGUCGGAAAUUAAUCGUCUACGUGAUGACCAAUUGUACCCAAAACUUGUUGCCCUUGUUGAUGGGAUGGCGACAAUGUGGGAAAACAUGAAGAUAGAGCAUCAAAACCAGUCAAAGAUCGUGAUGGCAUUGAAGUACCUUGACAUCUCCCAAUGCCCUAAAGAAACAAGCGGGCGUCAUCACAAACACACAGACCAGCUGUGGGCUGUUGCCCGUGAAUGGCAUUCACAAUUCGGAAAACUCAUGAGCCAUCAAAAGGAGUACAUAAAAGCUCUCAAGAGUUGGUUGGAUCUAAAUCUUGUCCCCAUGGACAACAACUUAAAGGAGAAGGUCUCAUCCCCUCAGAGGCCUCAAAACCCCCCUAUUCAGUCCCUCCUACACGCCUGGCACGAUUUUCUUGAGAAGCUACCGGAUGAACAAGCAAAGACUGCUAUUCACAAUUUUUCUGCUGUAAUAGAGACAAUAUUACAGUAUCAAAUGGAAGAAUUGGAGUUGAGGGCAAAAUGUGAGGAAACGCGGAAAGAUCUUAACCGCAAGACGCGACAAUAUGAGGAUUGGUAUAACAAAUACAUGCAGCGGAGGACCCCACCGGAUGAGAUAGAUCCGGACAGGGCACAUGAUAAGGAUCUUAUCACAGAACGGCAGAUCGCAGUAGAGACUGUAAGGAAGAAGUUGGAAGAGGAGGAAGAUGCUUAUGAGAAGCAGUGUACUCAAGUUAGGCAGAAGUCUUUGAAUACUCUGAGAAGUCGCCUGCCGGAGCUUUUCAAGGAAAUGGCGGAUUUCUCCGUCGUCUGUUCGGAUAUGUACAGGAGGUUGCGGUCCAUUUCACAGCUACGUAAGCCAAGUGAGAGCUCAUAGUAAAUUAUGGUUUGUGCGCUUUGUAAAAUUUGUAAAAUUGGUUUGUUUGUUACACGUAUGUAUUACUUGAAACUUGAAAGACAAUUGUUUUGGGCUUUGCCUUGACCAAGUCCUUAAGUUAUAAGGUUGUCUUCAUUAAUAACAGGAGGAAGCUCGGAUACCGUAUUGAAAAGUGGGAAGAAUGCGGUUUUAUUUGUU